UUAACAAAUGGGCAUAUAUCUUUUCAAGUAAUGAACUGCCAUCGAUAGUGUUACUAGUGUAGGUGCAUAUAUAGAAACUAAACUAAAUAAACCAAACCCGCAGCAGGGCAUAUGGAGAUCUUUUUGGUCAGUUUGCUCUGCAUAUUGCUGGCCUUUUCACUCUUCCUACUACGAAGAAAUCAUGUCAAAGCUGUUCAAAAGCUUCCACCAGGUCCCUCCCCCUUACCAAUCAUAGGAAAUAUACACAAACUCGGCAAACACCCGCAUAAAUCCUUAGCCAACCUGGCUCAGGUUUACGGCCCGGUCAUGAGUCUAAAACUGGGACGCAUAACCACCAUAGUCAUCUCUUCAUCUACUGCAGCUCAAGAAGUCCUCCAAAAGCAAGACCUGGCCUUCUCUAAUAGGCUCCGGCUCGACGCUGUAAGUGCAUGCGACCACUCCGACUCCUCGGUAGCAUGGUUGCCUGUUGGAAAUCAGUGGAGAGUCCUAAGAAAAAUUAUGAGCUCUUAUAUUUUUACAACUAGCAAGCUGGAUGCGAAUCAUCAUCUUCGAUCUAAUAAGGUGCAGGAGCUUGUUGGAUACGUUGAUAAGUGUGGCAGAAGUGGGGAGGCUGUGGAUAUUGGGCGUGUUGCUUUUCAGACCUCGCUUAAUCUUUUGUCAAAUACGAUUUUUUCCAAGGAUAUUGCGGAUCCGUAUCAUGGCACCAAGGCUAAGGAGUUCAAGGACUUGAUGUGGAACAUUAUGCUCGAGGCAGGCACGCCUAAUUUAGUGGAUUAUUUUCCUAUUCUUAGGUCUUUCGAUCCCCAAGGUAUUAGACGACGAAUGAGUGUGCACUUUGGGAAGCUACUCGAGUUAUUUGAUGGUAUGGUAAGUGAACGCUUGGAGUUGAAGAGAUUGGGUAACUCUGAUGACAAUUCUAGUACAGACGUGCUCGAUGAACUGCUGAAAUUGGUGCAGAUAAAUGAGAUUGAUAUACCUCUCAGCAAUCACUUGUUCUUGGACUUAUUUGCUGCAGGAACAGAUACGACUUCAAGUACAGUGGAAUGGGCGAUGGCUGAGGUAUUAAGGCAAUCGGAAACAGUAUUAGCCAGGGCGAAAGCUGAGCUGAAUCAAGUGAUUGGAAAAGGCAAGAUAGUUGAAGAAGCAGACAUUUCAAAGUUGACUUAUUUAAGAUGCAUUGUGAAAGAAACUGCAAGGCUACACCCAGCAGUUCCCUUGUUACUACCACGCCAAGUGAAGGAAGACGUUGAACUCUGUGGGUACACCAUUCCUAAGAAUUCACAAGUCCUUGUGAAUGCAUGGGCUAUAGGACGCGAUCCCACGCUGUGGGAAAAUCCGUUGUCAUUCCAGCCAGAGAGAUUCAUGGAGUCUGAAGUUGAUUUAUAUGGGCAUGAUUACGGGCUGAUUCCAUUUGGCGCGGGUCGAAGGAGAUGUCCUGGAUUGCCCCUGGCAAUUAGGAUGGUGCCCGUCAUGGUGGGCACCCUCAUAAAUUGUUUUGACUGGAACCUUGAAGGUGGGAUUGCAGCAGGGGAGUUGGACAUGGAGGAUAAGUUUGGGAUCACUCUGGCCAAGCUUCAUCCCCUCCGUGCUGUAGCAACUCUUGUUGUUCCCUGACUAGUAAUUUGUUAAUUUACAUGCCACUCUGAGACUGUAUGUUUAUCAUUAAAUUUAAAAUUGUUAUAUUAA